UGAGACUGUGAGCUAGUGCCCGUCCGCCCACUCCCACUCCCCACUCCCCGCCCCGGCGCGGCGCCACCUCCCCCUUCCCUUCUCUUAUGGUCUCCCGCCGCGCGCCCCACGACCACUAGCGAGCUGCUCAGCCCCCAUUCCACCAUCACCACCCAUGGCCGCGGCGUCGUUCGCCCGCUCCUUACCCCUCCUCUUCCUCGUCCUCCUCCUGGCCGGCGCCGCGCGGGGCAAAACGGUGAAGAGGGACGUGAAAGCAUUGAAUGAGAUCAAGUCUUCACUAGGCUGGAGAGUUGUAUACUCAUGGGUUGGGGAUGACCCUUGUGGGCACGGUGACCUCCCCCCUUGGUCCGGUGUGACAUGUUCUCAGCAAGGGGAUUACAGAGUUGUGACCGAACUGGAAGUCUAUGCUGUAUCAAUUGUUGGUCCUUUCCCUACAGCAGUAACAAAUCUGCUGGACUUAAAAAAAUUGGAUCUCCACAAUAAUAAGUUGACGGGGCCAAUACCUCCACAGAUUGGACGGUUGAGACACCUCAAGAUAUUGAACCUGAGGUGGAAUAAGCUUCAAGAUGUGCUUCCGCCUGAAAUUGGUGAACUAAAGAAACUGACACACUUGUAUUUGAGCUUCAACAACUUCAAAGGUGAAAUUCCUGUGGAGCUUGCAAACCUACCAGAACUGCGCUAUCUCUAUCUUCAUCAGAACCGCUUUACUGGACGGAUCCCCCCUGAGCUUGGAACUCUAAAUCACCUCCGGCACCUUGAUGUUGGUAGCAACCACUUAAUAGGCACUCUGAGGGAUGUCAUUGGAAUUGGGAAUGGCUUCCCCUCCUUGAGAAACCUAUAUGUUAACAAUAAUCAAUUGAUUGGAGUGCUGCCAGAUCAGAUUGCAAAUUUGACCAACCUUGAGAUCUUGCACUUGUCCAAUAAUAGGCUGAUUGGAUCGAUAUCACCAAGGCUAGUUCAUAUUCCAAGACUGACAUAUUUGUACUUGGACAAUAACAACUUCAUUGGAAGGAUUCCGGAAGGAUUAUACAAGCAUCCAUUUUUGAAGGAGCUGUACAUUGAAGGGAACCAGUUUAGACCAGGCACCAGGUCAAAAGGAAUGCACAAGGUGCUUGAAUUACCUGAGGCUGACAUUCUAGUUUAGCCAAGCUCGUAGAGUCGUAUGUGUGUUGAUUAUGUUGUUUGUUCUGCACGACAGCAGCCACUAUUCUACAUCUCCACACGAUGCAGUUGCAAAAUGCAUGCAUAUUUUAGGGUGUAUAUGAUAUGUAUUUAUAAGUACCCCAUGUUUCUCUCUUUACCGUCCAAUGACAAGUUCACACGUACAAAGAUCACUUGAAUAAAAUAUACUCUAAAAAAAAUUAAAUGUGA